AUGGCGUCACAACCUCCGCCGGCACUGCCGACACUCGACGACGAGGAGGCGGGCGUAAUGGGCCUGACUGAAGUCGAGCCUAGCCCUGUCGACGAAACACCUGCUGAGUUGAAGGACGGCUACUUUCCAUCCGCCAGCAAUGAGAAAGACGAACAAGACUUCGGACUGCCACGGAGAACAACAACGACACUAGGGCUAGGAGGCAGUCAUGGCCCGGUAUGGUGGUUGACACGCAUCCAAAAGUACUCCUCGUACGCCUUUGGCAUCUUCACCACUUUCCACAUCGCCAACACCGCUCUCAUUCCUCUCAUCACGCGCUCCGUCCCCGAGGCAAAUCGCUACCUCCUCCUCACACGGCCAUACUACCAAUCGACGCUCGCCGAGCCACUCGUCGUCGCACUGCCCCUUCUCGCGCACAUCACCUCCGGCGUCGCGCUGCGCCUCUACCGCCGCCGCCAGGCGCUGCAGCGCUACGGUGCCGAGACACGAACAGACAAGCGCUCGAUCCCGUGGCCCGCGCUCAGCGGCACCUCGUUGCUGGGCUACGUGCUGCUCCCCCUCGCCGGGUUUCAUGUGUGGACUACGCGCGUGCUGCCAAUGUACAUGCACGGCGACAACAGCCUGAUUUCGCUAUCUUAUAUCAGCCACGGUUUCGCAACACACCCCUUGAUCUCGUUCGCAGGGUUCUCAGCGCUCGUUGGGGCUGGCGUGUGGCAUUUCGCGUGGGGUGCUGCGCAGUGGAUGGGCUUGAAGCCGAGUCAGGUCAGCCCGUACUCGGAGAAUAGGCAGCUGGAGAAGAAGAGGAGGUGGUAUGGGAUCAAUGGAGUUGCGGCAGUGGUUGCGGGGCUGUGGCUUGCGGGCGGGCUGGGUGUGGUUGGCAGGGGUGGCAAGACGGCGGGGUGGAUUGGUAAAGAGUUUGAUGAUCUGUACAGGUAUAUUCCGUUCAUGCACAGCGCGUGA